GCUUCCCGGCCUCGGUCUCCGCUCCGCCUCCGGGCGGGCGCAGGUCUCCCACUCGCGGAGGCCCCCAGAGGCGCCGCUUUCCCGCCGAGCAUGGGGCUGCCUCGGAGGACCGGGGACCGAGCGGAGCUGCGCAAGAGCCUGAAGCCGCUGCUGGAGAAGCGCCGCCGCGCGCGCAUCAAUGAGAGCCUGAGGCAGCUCAAGGGGCUCAUCCUGCCGCUGCUGGGCAGGGAGAGCUCCUGCUACUCGAAACUGGAGAAGGCGGAUAUCCUGGAAAUGACCGUGCGCUUCCUACAGGAGCUGCCUGCGUCCUCCUGUCCCGCGGCAGCGCCCGCGCCCUCCGACAGCUACUGUGAGGGUUACCGGGCCUGCCUGGCGCGCCUGGCCCGCGUGCUGCCCGCCUGUCGCGUCCUGGAGCCCGCCGUGAGCGCUCGCCUGCUGGAGCACCUGCGGCGGAGGGCAGCCGGUGCCAGCCCCAAUGGCAGGCGCGCUGGGGACACCUGCUGCCCGCCCUCGCUCUCCUCGCCACCCCCGCCCGCACCCUUACCGCCCGUGCCUCCACGCGGCCCCGGCCUCUGGCGGCCCUGGUAGCCCCCUGGCCGGUCCACGGACCCUGCUGAUAUUGAGGGACCUGCAGCACUGGGCAGACUGAGAAAGCUCUUGGUGGCAGCUGCUGUUCCCACCACGAGGGACCAGCCCAGCACACACAACCAGCCGGAACCGGAUGUUUGCGGUCUGUGUGGCUGACUGAAGGCCAUGGGGACUCAGCUGGAGGAAAUAAGGGGAGAACCCCAGUUUCACUCUCAACUUGGGGGUGUCUGGGCCGGGGGAGAAGGGGCUGUUGGCUGCCAAGGGAGAAAGAAGCCCCUCAUCCCAGCUGGGGCUCUAGAACUGGGCCAGCCACAGCCACCUGGGCAGCUGACACACCUGCCCCAGUGCUGGCACCAGCCCAAGGGCUGGGCCGGGAGCUCACCUGAGCCAGUUUCAGCCAUCUGCUCUGACUGAUCGCUCCCCUUCCAGCCCUGCUUGGGCCUGCCUCCUCACCAGCUCAGCUUGGGAACCUCUGGGCACACAGCAGCAAUGGCCUGAGGGCUGUGUACGCCGGGGAGCCAUCACCUCCACUCCUGGGCUCUCCUGCCCAAAGCUGCCAAUUAUAGGGACAGGAUGCAGCGAGGAUUCUGUGUUUCUGGGCGUGGGGGCUUCGUUAUGUGUCUUGAGAAGGAUUUCUUUCCCCAAGCAUUAACACCUAUGUACGGCACACCAGGUCUGGUGAUCUUCGGGUAGGAGGAAGGGGUGAGAGGAGAGUGAGGGUGCCCUGUGGCCCAUCGCUUUGAAGGGCCUGAGCACAGCACAGAGCCGGCGCCAACAUGAAGUGAGCAGGACCCAUGUCACCGAGCAGCAGAAAGUGAAGGGAUGCCAGCAGGUUAAGGAGCAGGAAACAUCUUUCCUCGUUUUCUCUUGCAAACUGCUCCCUGCUACUCAUCAGGAUGGGUUACUGGAAGCAACUUGCUCUUAAGACUUUUCUUUCUCCUCCAUGGAAGCCAGGAGAGGCUGUGAAGACUCAGAGAGGGCUCGUGGAUCCCAGUAGUGGGUGCCCAAGAGAAGGUGGGAGCACCUGCAGCCCUCUGUCCACUGUGCUCCCACCAUUUCAUGGAGAUUGCUGAGCAUUCGCAGGAGGCUGGGAGUCCUCCCCUCAGUCUCCAGUCCAACAGCCUGUUGGAGGGACCGGGGCUCUAUGCGCACAAAGACAGAACUGACAGGGGUGGAGGUGUCACUAGAUCGGACAUAAACCGUGAUGACCUAGGCACUGAUUUGGGUGGCAGGAUGUGGGGAAGCUGUGGGCAUUAUUGAAGAAGUCAAUAUUAAGACAACAGGGUGAGCCCCUAGCAGAGUGUGCUGUCCUUCCACCUCUCUGGGCCCAGCUGCUGGACUAUAAGCUCUUGGAAGGCAGGGCUGGGGCCAAGUGCCCCUGUGUGUUCCCGAGGACCUCGGCACAGGUGGGUGCUCAAUAAACAUCAUGAGCCAAUGAACGGUGAUGUGACUGGACCACGCUGUACUGAACCCCGGACAGUCUGGCUUUUGCCUCAACUCCCCCCACCCCAUCCUUAUUAUCACUGUGAAUGUCUGCUCCACCAGAGCCUGUGUCCCCAAGGACAAAUGUAGGGGAGGGUGUGGAGAGCAGGGAGAGCAGUUUCCACCUGCAGGCCUACUUUCCUGAGCUGUCAGGAGCAGGUGGAGAAGGUAACAGGUAGCCAAUGCCCGCCACAUGAGUUCAAGUUUCCUCCUUGGGUCAAAGGCUCCACGUUGGGCAGGCUCCUUUUUCCUAUAAACAGAAACUUUCAAUACAGGUUAAAACUCUGUAAGAACUGACCGGCCAGAGGCCCCUCUCCUCCUUUCGACCAUAUCUGUCACUUCUUGCUUCUGAGCCCUGUCUGAGUCUCCAGCUCUGUGACUCUUGUUGAGUUGACCCGGAUCAAGCUAUAAUACAGGCAGUCAGGGAGGGGAGCAUGUAGAUAGGCCAGUGACUCAUAGGGUCAGGCAUUCUGGGGAACCUGAGCCACACAGCCCACCGGGCCCUGGCGGGGAGCAGAGGCAUGCCCAAGCGGGUGAGGUUCUUGACCCAAGGCGAGAAACCAGUUUCCCAGCAGGGAUGUACAAGCUGCCUAGAAGGUCUCAGCUGGUACUCUGAGCUGGGCUUGUAAAAUAGGGACUCCAACAGCCUCCUCCACAAGGUACCUGCAGACACUUCCUCCUGGCAGCUUCCCAGAGCCCUAUCUCAUGGCCGAAGGGGAGCACUGGGUAGCGUGGGCUUUUACUGUGUGGGAGGGAGGCUGCCUCAUUCAGAGGGACAUGUCAUGGUCUUUAACAAGGCUCACCUUGUGCCAGUGCCUCUUGCAAUGUCCUCUCUGCUAUGGUCCCAUGACUGAAUCUAACUCUGCCCAGUUAUCACGCUUGGUUGGAGAAAAGGCUCCUGUGUCCCUCAUAAACCAGUGGGUGAAAUGAUCCAAUGACCUGGAGACAACCAGAGCACGAGCGGUCUGGGAGACUCAGGCUGGGGCCGGGCCCCACCUGUCCCCCUGACCCCAGUUAAUUUGGAGAGGUCAAGUCUCGUUUCCAUGAGUGAGGAUAAAGAGCAGAUUGCCAAGGCGGACUCCUCUAACAAGCAUUUACAAAUUACUCUGCUCUGUCUGAAGCCCGGACUCUGCGGAUGAGUCUCCCACUGGCUUAUCUGGAUUGGAAUGAACAAGCCUGCGGGAACAUCUGGAAAAAUCUGCGGCUCUGCAGAACCCUCCCUACUGUGCUUUGUGGUGACCAUUCUGGAGACAGUGGAGGGAUAGAGGGGCCCUUUCCCAUCGUGUGCAGCCACCUCCUACUCGAAACACCAAUGAAGCCAUAUUUGCUUUUUUAAAACACAUUAGGUUGCGAUAGCUGUUCCAGAGAAGAACUAACCCAGCCAGUGGUGUUAUUUCCCUUGGUUUUACUUCUUGCCUGGCCUCUUAUUAGUGUGGCUGUGUUUCUGGAGUGCUGAGCAUGCGAAUGUGUGAGUGUGUGUGUGCGUCCCUGCACAGCUGGGUGACUGCCCUGCAGAGAGCUGCCUGGGCACGAGAUGUGGGGGAGAAAGCAACCACCCACCAAGGGUUCCCAGUGAGCAGCUAGUUUCACUCUGGGUUUUGAGAGGCCCUGGCAAAGCCCCAGGCGCUUAGAGCAGCUAUGACAAAACUUUGGAUGGUUUCAGUGAGAAAGGUGCUAGAGGGCAUGCCCCAUGUGCAUGUGCGGUGUCUUAGCACCUGAGAUCCACUGGGGGCCAGUGGGGAGCACAGGCUGGUGGCUGAUCACAGGACUGUGCUUUGUAAGGGAGGGCUUCCUGGCUUGGGGCGGAGGAAGCAGAUGCCAAGCUGAAUAUGUGCCGGUUCUGUUGUGGAGGGUGGGCCUGAGAGCCGCCCGUCUUGGUGCUUGGUAUAUUAUAAAUCCCAGGGAGCACAGGACCAAGUUCUUAAAGAGCAAAGAACCAUUCAAGACCCCAGAAAUCAGAGGCAGAUCCAGGUUUUGUGGGGACUACAUUUUGAGGCCCUCUGUCAGAAAACUAAUAUAAAAUUAUGAAUAUAGACUUAGUAUGAAAAUGAAUAUUUAUUCAGAAUGAAAAAAUAAAUCACGUUAAACCAGUGGUG